AUGAGCUUUGGUUUCGGUGUGGGUGACUUUCUCGCGAUAAUCCAGCUUGCCAACAAGAUAAGGAAAGAUUUUGUCGAAGCCCCCGCGCAGUUGAGAGAUCUCUCGGACGAAGUCCGGAAUCUCUCUAUUGUGGUGCAGGAUCUUGAGGUUGAACUGUCCGGAAAAGAGCUAGACAGGGCACAGGAGGCCGAGUUGUGCAAUAUCGUACAAAGCUGCCGCAGCUUACUCAACGACAUUCAGAAGCUUGUUGGUCAAUACAGUGAGCUGAAACAUGAUUACUGCGGCAACAAAGUAAUUAGAGCAUGGAAACGUCUGCGAUGGGAACCCAUUGACGCGCAAUAUCUUCGGACCCGCAUCGGUAGCCAAGUUUCAUUAUUGAACGCCUUCAAUGGCAGGGUUCUUCGCAGCAACGUUUCUAAAUUAAUGGAUUAUCAAGAGAGGCAGGAGCAAGAGAGAAUUCUAGACUGGUUGUCACCAGUGAACUACGCAUCUAAACAGAGUGAACUCACUAGAAGACGACAACCGGAUUCGGGGCAUUGGUUCUUGCAGUCAUCAAAGCUUCAGACAUGGCUGACGAUGCCCGAACAGACUCUCUUUUGCUAUGGCAUUCCCGGGGCUGGAAAAACAAUGUUGACGUCGGCUUUGAUUGAAGAGCUUGAAUCUCGAUACGGAACCGAUGCUAACGUUGGCAUUGCUUAUAUUUAUUGUUCUUAUCAAACUAGGAAAGAGUGUCUUAUGGAGGAUAUCAUCGCGAACUUGAUCAAACAGUUCUUACAGGACAGAAAUUCCCUACCUGUUCAUGUGAGAGAGCUGUACAAUAAGAACCAGCCAAGGGGGAUACGUCCGACUUUUGAAGAGUUGUUGCUGGUAUUGCAAACUGUCUGUUUUGAGUCUGCACAGAUAUACAUAGUGAUUGACGGGCUGGAUGAGCUUCGCUUAGCUACUUAUUCGCUCGACUUACUGAUUGACGAACUGCUCGCUUUUCAUGAAGCAUGUGGUUUGAAUCUACUGGUCACUACUAGAUUGAUCCCAGAGAUUGCAGCCAAAUUUCGGCACAAACCAGCCAUCGAGAUCCGAGCAAAUGAAGAAGAUGUGACGGCAUAUCUCAGAAGCAGCAUCCCGAAGUUACCAUCAUUUGUGUUACGAAACCCAGAACUUCAGAAUGACAUCAUUUCUUGGAUUGCUAAGAUCACUGAUGGAAUGUUUCUUCUUGCCGAUCUGUAUCUUAACUCACUGGUUGGGAAAACAUCACCCAAAGCCAUACGCUUGGCUUUGAAGGACAUCUCUAUGAAAGCCAAAACAUACGAUGCGGCGUACGACAACGUCAUGGAACGCAUCGAAGGACAGACUACAGACAAGAGAAAUAUGGCCAUGCAUAUCUUGUCAUGGAUCACAUGUGCGCAACGAUCAAUAACCGCGGUAGAGCUACAACAUGCACUUGCUGUCGAGGUCGAUGAGUCUUACUUCGAUGAAGACAACAUGCCAGACUUGAAUGAAAUGUUCACUGUCUGCGCAGGGCUAGUUGUCCAGGACCCAUCGAAUAAUAUUAUCCGGUUCGCCCAUCACACAUCCUAUGAAUAUUUCAAUCAGACUAAGGACAGAUGGUUCCCUAAUGCACACUGCAACAUUGCCACAACAUGUGUGACGUACCUGUCAUAUGACGCCUUUGGAUCAGGGCCUUGUCUGACCGAUGCGGAUUUUGAAUGGCGACUAACCCAGUUCCCGCUUUACUCUUAUGCAGCAACCAACUGGGGACACCAUGCUCAGGAAAAGCUUUCUGACGAACGAUUGGUAUCGAAAUUCCUCAUUAGUCCUGCUAAACUAAACGCCAGCAUGCAAGCUCUCUUUGCACGAAACACGGUGGAGGGGUCACGCAGGUAUAGCCAAGUAUACCCUCUUCAUCUCACAGCGCUACAUCUUGCGGCCAUCUUUGGUCUGAAUUAUGUAUCAUUGAACUUAAUUAAUCACGGCUCUGACGUGAAUGCGGCAGACUCGCUUGGAAGGACGCCAUUAUCAUGGGCCGCCAUCAAAGGGCAUGAUACUUUAGCCACGACUCUACUUAGCAGCGGAGCGGAUCCUUGUCAUAGAGAUGGUGAUGGUCGAACACCAUUAUCGUUGGCCGUGAUUGAUGAUCACUUGGCGGUGGUCGAUAAUCUACUUCAGCAAGGUGCCGAUCCCAAUACUCAAGAUAUAUAUGGUCACACGCCGCUUUCGUUGGCUGCAUCAACAGGCCGUGAGCAGUCUGCUAGACUCUUAUUAGCGGCAGGAGUUGAUCCUAACUCCACAGACACAAUGGGGCGCACGCCGUUAUCAUGGGCCGCAUCUGGGGACCAUGUGGGGUGUAUUGACAUCCUGCUAAGAAAUGGUGCUGUAUUGGAAUCCAGGGACGUCUAUGCAAACACUCCUUUGGCAUGGGCAACUAUGAAUGGUUGCCAUGAAGCGGUUCAACUUCUUCUGGACAGAGGUGCAGAUGCAAGUUCUCAGUAUCUGAGCGACUUAACUCCUGGGAUAAUGGCGUUGGAAAGCGGCCAUGACACAACUGCCAAGCUCUUUGCCGAGCUCAUAUCUCCUAGAUUUGGGGAACAAGGAGCGGAGCCUGCAAGACACGCCAACACCGAGGAUGGCUCACUUUGGAGGAGCCUGUAUGGGCCUAGGCAAGAAUGA